GUGACGUCCAAUAAUCGAUUUGCUGUGAAGUCUCCGGGGCCGAGGCCUAGAGACUUUUUUUUUUUUGUAACGAAUACAAUUUUUGUUUCGAUGCCUAUAUUUCGGUGCCCGCUUUGACCGGGUGUGAACCGAUGAAGCACUUUAUCCUGUGAUUGAAGCGGAAACGGUCCGAAACGUUAGCCAGCUAAUUGUAGCUACUGCUAACUGCCAGCGAGGAAGUGAGGAACGACGAAAAUGACAUCUCGGAGGUGGUUUCACCCUAACAUCACAGGUGUGGAGGCUGAAAACCUCCUGCUGACUCGUGGAGUGGACGGGAGCUUUUUAGCCAGACCCAGUAAGAGUAAUCCAGGAGACUUCACCCUCUCAGUACGGCGAAAUGGAGCGGUCACCCACAUUAAGAUCCAGAACACAGGAGACUACUAUGACCUUUAUGGUGGGGAGAAGUUUGCCACUCUGGCCGAGCUGGUGCAAUAUUACAUGGAGCAUCACGGCCAACUGAAAGAGAAAAACGGAGAUGUUAUUGAGCUCAAGUACCCGCUCAACUGUGCGGACCCCACAUCCGAGAGAUGGUUCCACGGUCACUUGUCGGGCCGGGAGGCCGAGAAGCUGCUGACGGAGAAAGGGAAGAACGGCAGCUUCCUGGUGAGGGAGAGCCAGAGCCACCCCGGGGAUUUUGUUCUGUCUGUCCGGACGGGAGAUGACAAGACGGACAGCAGCGACAGCAAACCCAAAGUCACUCAUGUCAUGAUCCGCUGCCAGCAUGACCUGAAGUACGACGUGGGCGGAGGGGAGAAGUUUGACUCCCUCACCGACUUGGUAGAGCACUACAAAAAGAACCCCAUGGUGGAAACUCUGGGCACUGUGCUUCAGCUCAAACAGCCCCUGAACACUACUCGUAUUAACGCUGCAGAGAUUGAAAGUCGAGUUAGGGAGCUGAGCAAACUAGCGGAGGCCACAGACAAGGUCAAACAGGGCUUCUGGGAAGAAUUUGAGACGUUGCAGCAGCAAGAGUGCAAGCUGCUCUACAGUCGCAAAGAAGGCCAGAGAGCAGAGAACAAAAACAAGAACAGAUACAAGAACAUUCUGCCAUUCGACCACACACGUGUGGUGCUGAAUGACAGGGACCCAAAUGAGCCGGGCUCUGACUACAUCAACGCCAAUCUCAUCGAGGUAGCAUCUGCUGUCGUGCCGGAGCUGGACCCGAAGUGUAACAGUACAAAGGCGAAGAAGAGCUACAUCGCCACUCAGGGCUGUCUGCAGACCACCAUCAGUGACUUCUGGAGGAUGGUGUUUCAGGUGAACUCUCGAGUCAUCGUCAUGACCACCAAAGAGGUGGAGAGAGGAAAGAGUAAAUGUGUGAAGUACUGGCCGGACAUGUCGGCUCUGAAGGAGUACGGCGCGAUGCGUGUUCGCAAUGUCAGAGAGACGUCUGCACACGACUACAUCUUAAGAGAACUCAAACUGUCCAAAGUCGGACAGGGCAACACAGAACGUACAGUUUGGCAGUACCACUUCAGAGCGUGGCCGGACCACGGAGUCCCCACAGACCCGGGCGGCGUACUCGACUUCCUAGAGGAGGUCAACCUGAAGCAGGAGAGCAUACUGGACGCUGGGCCUAUAGCGGUACACUGCAGUGCAGGGAUCGGGCGGACAGGAACAUUUAUAGUGAUCGACAUCCUGAUAGAUGUGAUCAGAGAAAAAGGGGUGGACUGCGACAUCGACGUGCCAAAGACCAUCCAGAUGGUCCGAUCCCAGCGCUCUGGGAUGGUGCAGACCGAGGCGCAGUACAGAUUCAUCUACAUGGCUGUACAGCACUACAUAGAAACGUUGCAGAGACGCAUAGAGGAGGAACAGAAAAGUAAGAUUAAAGGCCGCGAGUACACCAACAUCAAGUACUCUUUGUCUGACCUGACUGGAGGAGAGCAGAGCCCUCUGCCUCCUUGCACUCCCAUUCCUACUCCCACCUGCACAGAGAUGAGGGAGGACAGCUCCAGAGUGUAUGAGAACGUGGGCCUGAUGCAGCAGCAGAAGAGCUACAGAUGAGAUUCACCUUUGACCCCAGUGCUCUUUCAGUUCCGGGAUCUUGAUACCUGACAGUUUUUUCGCCAGCCACACCGUGACGCCUGAGACUUGACCGUAAUGACAUGGAACAAUGGAAACACACAAAAAAACGUGAGAGAGACCCUGACGCCAGGGUCCUCCUGUUCUCGCUCAUCUUACAUGAACAUUUGCCCUCUAGUUGAAUUCUAAACCACUGUGAUGAUCAUCCGAAGAGCCUUUUGAGAAGCCUAACAUGCUAAAUCCUACUACUAAACAACAGUUUUGGGUUAAGCCUUCGUAAAUCUCACCCCAACAAGGGCUGCAAACAGCGAGCACUCUCCUCAGAGGGGGAAAAACCCUAGCUAACCUUUGCUCAUCUUUAUUUUUCUGUUUUACCUUUUUUUUUUGUUUUGUUUAAUAACCAAAGGAAGGUUAUGUAGAUUGAUUGAUUGAUUGUUUGGAGAUGGAAGGGAGGAGUUUCCUGAAAAGGCCUGUGCCAAAACCACAAAAGGUUUUAUCCACAUUUCUCAGCCAAUUAGAAGUCUCUAUUCGGCCCGUUCAGCCUUUAAACGCGUUGGGAGACGAGGCCUUAUAUGUGGACAAAAGUCGGGGCAAAUUUUCCAGUGAUAGUUGUCUCGUUUUCACUGUGUUAUAUAUAUA